AUUAUAUGUCUUGGUGAUUUGAUUAAGCCUUCCAUCUGGGCAGUGCCAGGUACUGUGAUUCCCCAGAGGAGUACUGUGACCAUUCUCUGCAAGGGACCUUCAGGAAUGACUACAAUGCUCCUGAGAAGUAUAGGACAUGGAAAUUUUGAUACCAAAUUCCUUCAGGAUGACCAGCAGGUGGUUGAGUUCUUCAUCCAGAAUGUGACGUCAGACAGUGCAAGGACAUACUACUGUGAGUUCUUUAAUAACGGGAACUGGUCGACACGAAGUGACUUACUGGAGCUGGUGGUGACAGGAGGCUACAACGACACACUCUCCCUGACUGCUCAUCAUGGUCCCCGUGUGACCUCAGGAGAAAAUGUGACCCUCUCUUGUCACUCAGUGCAUCACUUUGACAGCUUUUAUCUGUUCAAAAAUGGCAGCAACGUCUUACUUCAGGACCGUUUCUCUCAGAGCCACAACACCUUCAUCAUCUUCCCUGUGACGCUGACUGAUGGUGGAACCUACAGAUGCUAUGGUUCUUUAAAAGAACAACCCCUCUACUGGUCAAGGCCCAGCAACCCCCUUGACCUUUUGGUCACAGCCCCUCUCCCCAAGCCCUCCCUGCUGGCCCACCCCGGUGCCUUGGUGCCUCUGGAUAAGCCAGUGAUCAUCCAAUGCCAGGGGCCUCUGGACGUGGACAUGUACCGUCUGGAGAAGCUCAAGCCCAGGAAGUAUGUGGAUGAUGCACUCCUGUCCAUCCCGGCCAUGAAAGAGAGCUUGGCCGGACAGUACCGCUGCUCCUAUCAGAACGGGACGGUCUGGUCUCCACCCAGCAACCUGCUGGAUUUGAUUGCUAUCGGUGUCUUCUCCCAGCCCACGCUCUCAGCCAGGCCCAGCUCAACAGUGUCCGCAGGAGGGGAGGUGACCCUACAGUGUCAGACCCCAUAUGGCUUUGAUCGUUUUGCUCUGUACAAGGAAGGAGACCCAAGGCCCUUAAAGACCUCUGAGAUGUGGUACCAGGCCAAUUUCCCCUUCAUCGCUGUGACUGCUGCCCAGAGUGGGACCUACCGAUGCUACACUUUUCAGAGUUCGAUUCCGUACCUGUGGUCACACCCCAGCGAUCCCCUGGAGCUCAUAGUCAAAGGGACCCCCGUGACUCCCAGCCGGUUACCCAAAAAGCCACCUUCCUCUGCAUCAGCUAAGUCUUGUCACUUCCCAGAAGCCUCCAGAAAACUGAACACCUCACCUAUGAACAAAGUCCCCACCACCACUGGGACCUAUCAGAACAUUACUGUCCUUCCAAAGGGAUCGGACUCUCCAAGUAACUUCGCCUACCGGAACUACUCCAAGGGCAACAUGGUCCGGGUCUGCCUUGGCGUUACAGUUCUCGUGCUCUUGGCAGGGAUUCUAGCAGAAGACUGGCACAGUCGGAAGAAACCCUUGGUACACAGAGUCCGAGCCAUCCAGAGACCACUGCCGCAGAUCCCCAAAUCAAGUAUCGGUCAGUCACAGGUGCCACCAUCAGAGGCACAGCUGUAG